AUGGACAAGACCGUCAAAGUGGCGUCGGAAGACGUGAUCAAGCUGAUCCUCCAGUACCUCAAGGAGAACAGGCUCUCGAAGUCGCUGAUGAUGCUGCAGGAGGAGGCUGGGGUGUCGCUGAACAGCGUGCCGAGCGUUGACUCGCUGGUUGCGGACGCGCAGAUGGGCCGGUGGAACCAGGUGCUCGACGCUGUGGACACCAUGUCGCUUUCGCAGGAGACGCUGUUCAAGCUGUACGACCAGAUAAUCAGAGAGCUGGUUGACCUCCGGGAGAGCACGUUGGCCACCGCCGUCCUGGAGAACGCGCUGCCGAUGCGCGAGAUGGAGCGCGAGCAUCCCGAUAAAUAUCGCAUUUUGGCUGACCUGUGCCGGAAACGCCCCGCCGAGACGCGCGAAAUAUACGCAAGUUCACACGACGCCGUCGGCCAGCAGCCACUCACCAAAGACAAGCGGCGCGCCAUCGUUGCGGAGGCGCUGAAGAGCGAGAUUGACAGCGUCCCGCCGUCGAGGCUCACCGCGCUCUUGGGCAUGGCGAUGAAGUGGCAGCACAACGUGGGCAUCAUUUCCAGCGGCGACCAGUUCGACGUGUUCCGCAACACCUCCACCACGGCCACGAGGGGCGAUGAGCCGAGUGUCAAGGAGGUCGCCAAGAUAAUCAGAUUCGCGGACAACGCGCACCCCGAGUGCGCCAUAUUCACGCCCAACGGCCAGUACCUAAUCUCUGGGUCAUCCGACGGGUUCAUCGAGGUGUGGAACUGGCACCUCGGGCAGCUUGACCCCGAUCUGGAAUACCAGAACAAGGACCAGUUCAUGCUGCACGAGACGCUCAUCGUGAGCCUCGCCGUCAGCCGUGAUUCCGAGAUCCUGGCGAGCGGCGACAAGGACGGCCACAUCAGGAUCUGGAAGAUAGCGACCGGGGAGUGCGUGCGCAAGAUGAACAACGCCCACGACGGCGCAGUCACGUGCAUGACCUUCAGCCGCGAUUCCACCAGCCUGCUUACCGGCUCCUUCGACAAGACGGCCAGGGUCCACGGCCUCAAGUCAGGCAAGCCCUUAAGGACGUUCAAGGGCCACCACUCGAUAGUCAACGCCGCCAUCUACUCCUACGACGGGACCAAGGUGAUCACUGGAUCUAGCGACGGCUACGUCAAGAUCUGGGACAGCCGCACCACCGACUUGCUGAAGUCGUUCCUAGCCUUCACCGGCAGCGACCCCAGCAGCGGCUUGAAGCCCGAGACCCCGAGACCGGUGAACAGCAUCCUGAGCCUGCCGUACACGGGCGGCGACGAGCUCAUCAUCGUGUGCACCCGCUCCUCGUCGUUGUCGAUCUACAAGCUGAACGGGAUCUGCGUCAAGCACUAUUCCGUGGAGGAGACCGCCGGGAACAACUUCCUCGACGUAGCGGUGUCAAGGAAGCUGAACUGGGUUUACUCCGUCGGCGAGGGCAACUGGCUGUACUGCUUCAACAAGGCCGGCGCCCUGGAACACAGCUUCAAGGUCCACGACAAGGACGUGAUCGGCAUCGCGCACCACCCGCAGGACGCCGUGGUAGCCACGUGGGCGCUGGACGGCACCAUCAAGCUGCUGUAUCCCUGA